AGGUCCUCCUUCUCUGCACAGCGGCGGACAGUGCCUUUGGAAGGGUCGGAAAAGUGUGCUGCUCAGGCGAACGGGGAAAGUUGGCUCUUAAGUGUCUAGAACUCUUGACUUAGAUGGUUAAACUCGCAGUGGUAAUAACCCACAAGCCCUUGCAUCCGAAAAACAAGAAUUAGUUACAACUUAGCAGAAAGCUGGGAAUCUACGUGACAGGACCGUUCAAAGAGACAGGAAACAUUUUGGGGAGAGAGAGACGGGGAAGAUUCGGCAAAUGACCCGGGACAAAAUCGAACCGGGAUCACCGGCGUAGCAGCCCAGUGCCCUGCCGAGCCGUGGGUAUACCGAGCUGAAAAAAGUUCCACUGACCAGACGGGGCCAGCCUUUUCAGAAGACAGCAGUGGAGACUAUGUCCUGAGCUCAUCUUUUUUUUGUUUGUUUCCUGCUUAAACGAGCAUGUUUCCAUUUCUGUCCCUCUGCUCCAUCAUUUGGUUGAACCGGGGUUUGAAGCUGAGGAAAGUCCUUCUCGCUGCCAACACUGGCCAGAUCUAAGCUAGUUGGUUCCUGCUAGCCUAUCCGCCCUGCCUCAACAUCGGCCACAAUGCUCCUGAGCUUUGGCUGACAGGACCACGCCACCACCAAACGGACUCAGACAGUAGCUGCAAUCACCCGCAGCCACCGCAGCCUGGACGCUUUGGCCUAGUCCCUGUGAAGUCAGCCAGCCAGCCAGCCAACCAGCUUUUGACACUGUUACCAUUCGUUGUAUCUGCUGAUACCGUCAGAUCCCUUUCUCUUUAGAGAAACGUACGUCGAGCGAGUUUGCACGGGAAAAAAGUGUUCAAAAAAAAAUAAUGGAGGCAGAGGGGUUCCAGUACCGCUGCCUGUAUGCGUACGAGAAGGAGCGGGAGGAGGACAUCGAGCUGCAGCCGGGCGACAUCCUGACGGUGGACACGGCGUCGCUGCUGUCGCUCGGCGUGCGGGACGGGGACGAGCAGCACCCUGAGAAGAUCGGUUGGAUCCUGGGAUACAACGAGCGCACCCGACAGAGGGGGGACUUCCCCGGGACCUACGUGCAGUACGUCGGACAGAUCAAGGUGACGCCACCUCCAAACCACCCGCGCUCCCAGAGGCCUCUCCCGCCCGCCCCCCGACCUGAGCCACACCAGAGCCUGCCAGCGGCCUCUCCUCAAGACUUGACGGGACAGUUUGCACCUCCAGACGUUGCUCCCCCCAUACUAAUGAAACUGGUGGCAGCCAUUGAGAAAAAUGGUCUGGACUGCAAGACACUGUACAGGACGACCCCUUCCUCGACCCCUGACGAUCCAGAAGCCGUCCCCACACUCGCCCUCUCCAGUGAGUCGCUGGAGUCGGACAUGGGACAGUGGGACGUGGACGCCCUCUCUACAGCCGUGGUCCGGUACCUGCAGGAACUGCCGACGCCCAUCGUCCCUGUGGCGACACAGGCAGAGCUCCUGGCCGCGGUGCAACCCGGAGCAGACCCGGUGGCAGCGGCGGCCGCAGCGGAGGGGAGGGGCCCGCUGAGGGAGGUCCUGGAGGGGCCGUCCCUGCCCCCACAGCAGCUCCUGACUCUGCACUAUCUCCUCCGCCACCUGGACACCGUCCUCCAGCACUCUGAGGCCAACGGCCUGGAGCCCCACGCCAUCGGCCAGAUAUUUGGCCCUCUGCUCAUCCGAGGCUCGGACACACUGUCAGAGACAGACACAGACACAGAAUUGUUUGCAUUGGUGCUGGAGAGGCUGCUCCUUGAGAGGGUGUGGGAGCAGGAACCUGUGCCCCCAGCUCUUCCCCCUAAACCUGCCAAAGCCAAAAGUGCCUCUACCCCUGUUGUGAAUGGAAGCGACGUUUCUUUAAGUGACGCUGAAUGGUACUGGGGAGACAUCUCCAGGGAGGAAGUGAAUGACAAAAUGAGAGACACCCCCGAUGGUACGUUUUUGGUCCGGGAUGCAUCCAGCAAAGUUAAAGGAGAAUACACCCUAACGCUAAGAAAAGGGGGAAACAAUAAGCUGAUCAAGAUAUUCCACAGAGCAGGGAAAUACGGCUUCUCUGAGCCACUGACGUUCAACUCCGUAGUGGACCUCAUCAACCACUACCGCCAUGAGUCUCUAGCCCAGUACAAUGCCAAACUAGAUUCACGGCUGCUGCUCCCCAUAUCAAAAUACCAGCAGGAACAACUGGUGAAGGAGGACAGUGUGGAAGCGGUGGGGGAGCAGCUGAAAGUAUACCAUGAGCAGUAUCAGGAGAAGAGCCGAGAGUACGACGUCCUUUAUGAGGAAUAUACACGCACUUCACAGGAGCUUCAGAUGAAGCGCACAGCCAUUGAGGCCUUCAAUGAAACCAUUAAGAUAUUCGAGGAACAAUGUGAGACUCAAGAGCGCUUCAGCAGAGACACCAUUGAGAAGCUGAGGCGUGAGGGGAACGACAAGGAGAUCCAAAGAAUACAGAGCAAUUCUGAGAAGCUGACGUCCAGAGUGACUGAGAUCCACGAGAGCAAGAAGAAGCUGGAGCUGGACCUGAAGAAGCAGGCCCUUGACAACAGAGAGAUCGACAAGAAGAUGAACAGCCUGAAGCCCGACCUAAUGCAGCUGAGGAAGCUGAGGGACCAGUACCUGGUCUGGCUUACCCAGAAAGGAGCCAGACAGAGGAGGAUCAAUGAGUGGCUGGGAAUCAGGAAUGAAACGGAAGACUUCUACUCGUUGGUGGAUGAGGAGGAGGAGCAGACUCAUCAGGACGAGCGCACCUGGUACGUGGGCGACAUCAAGCGCUCGCACGCAGAAGAGCUGCUGCGGGGCAAGAGGGAUGGAACCUUCCUGAUCCGCGAGAGUCAGACGCAGAAGGGCUCGCUCGCUUGCUCAGUUGUGGUUGAAGGGGAGGUGAAGCACUGUGUGAUCUACAAGACGGCCACGGGCUAUGGCUUCGCCGAGCCAUACAAUCUGUACAGUUCCCUGAGGAGCCUGGUGCUUCACUACAGGCACGCGUCCCUUGUCCAGCACAACGACUCUCUGAAUGUAACCCUCGCCUACCCAGUGCUUGCCCAGCAGCCCAGAUGAACACGGUACUAAUGACACAGCAGGAGUGCACAGCAUUCAUUCGCUCAAGACGUUUAUAGUUGUAGCAAAAAUAAAAUGAAAAAUCUGUUGAUGAUGGGGUAAAACAAAUAAAAAACAAAAAAACAAAACAAAAACAAGCGACAAAGCACUAAAAAUCUGAAGUGUGCUGUUCGUAGAGAGAAUGGUGAUUAAAUGUGGCGCUCUUUUUCCAGCCCAUCAUGUUCUGUAUCAGACAAAAGCAGCAGCAGCAAUAAUCCUAGCAAGUGUACUGGCUGAAGUACUCUUACUUAAUAGUUAAAAAAAAAAAAAAAAAAAAAAGAUUACAAAAAUGACUGUUAAGAUAUAGUUUGUUACUUUUUUUUCCUUUUUUUUUUUAAAAGAGAGAGUUUGAAAGUCUUUCAGGCUCUUUUUGUGGAGCAGUUAUUUUCUAUCUAUUCCGUAAAAGCUUGAUUAAGUGCCAUUAAGCUAGACUUGACCUACUACGUAUGUGAAUGAAAAGGACGUGGAUUGCAGAGUUUGGUGAAUGAAUGCGGGACGUGGAGAAAAUGAGAACGUUGUGGCUUUAGGAUGGACAAUGUAUAUUUGAACUCUUGACACUGCUGUGGGAUCUCUCGCCUGUUGGUGUACGUAAGUGUGUCUGGACACACGAGUUGAUGCAUGUGAUGUAUUUCGUUCAUCUUCACAGUGGACUCCUUACAUGUGACAUUUUGAAGAUGUGAAAAAAGUGAAUAGUGGCAGUUUUCACAUGUGGAGCAGUCUUGACCACCCCCCGCACCCCCUUUUUAUAUGCGUGUAAUUCAACAUUAUCCAGAUUGAUGCUGCCAUUUUGUAGGCGUCUAGUCUUUUUUUUGUUUUGUUUGUUUGUUUUUUGUUUUUGCUAAUAGCCACAGAGAAUGAUCUGCGAUUCUUUUGACCAGUUAGUAGUGCCAUGCAGCAGCUUUACAUGCCAGCCGUGGGAGCAGGUAUGAUGAGUGUCAUCCUGUUUUGGGUCACUGAUGCAUCACACUUUUGAGAUGAAAAUCUAAAGGCUGUGUGCUAAAACCUGUUCUGCUGGCACAGCGCGGCCAUCAUCUGCUGUCUUCGGAAAGCUGUUUUUUUUAUAUAUAUAUAUUUUUCCAUAAGGACAAUAAGUCGGGCUGCACCAACACAUGGGUUUAAAAAAAUGUUGCAUCACAUCAUUAUAUGUUUGUUUUUUUGUUUUUUUCAAGUCAGUAUCAGGCAAAUUUUUAUCACUGUGUUGGUGUCAGCCCAUUUUUUUCCCCCAAAUGGUUCAUCCAUAACAAUAACCAUGACCACUCUGGUCAGAUUUUCCAUUAGAGAGAGAGAGAGAGAGAGAGAGAGAGAGAGGGGGAGAGAGAGAGCGCGCGAGUGCUUUCAGCUGUUCUAUAAUUCUCACCAAGUGCACUUCUUUUAUGGCUAGUUGUAUACAGUGUUCGAGAGUAUCCACGGGGCUGUUACUGCAACCAGAAAGUGUAAUUAACCUCUGUCCAAGAGGGUGCCCUGCACAGGUUGGUCUUGAUUUGGUUAGAAAAGAGAUGUAGCUCUAAAUGUUGAAUUGUUUUAGGGUAAGAUUAUAUCAGUAUAUGAAAUCAUUGAGGGACAUGUGUGUGUCAGAAGUUUCGAUUGAAAAAAAAAAAGUCAUGUAAUGAAUAUUGGUGCUCAACACAGGACGGAUAUCAAAUUAUUUUGUCCUCUAAAAUAUAUGCUUAAACCUUUUCAUUUCAAGAUUUUAUUAUGAAACAUAAUAAGCAGCACUUUUGGUAAAUAGAAAAGCAUUUAAACAAGAAUGAUGAGAAACCGAAUGAGAUGGUUGUUGGAAUUUUGUCAGAUUUGCGUAGAAUUUGGUUGUUUGUCGUAGUCCGGAGGCCUGAGCAAGUGUAUUGUGGCAGUGUUUAGGUGAGAUUCAUGAAGUGCCUUUGAGCCUUUGUACAUAUUCAUGAAGUGCCUUGAGCCUUUGUACAGUCUAAGAGAAAAGUUCUGAGGUGUGUGUAGGUCGAGACUUUUUGUAUGUGGGUUUUUGUGUCAAGAGAUUUCCGAAGGGAUGUUUAUUGUGGGAUUUUGGUGUUGCAACGGUCGCUGUUACUCAUCACAAAUAGCACACUGCCGCGUUAUCCUCCAUAUUGCAACAGCUGUGAGCUGUCACAAGUUAGGUGUGACCGACUUGAUCAGCACUUGAGGUUUCCUUCAUGACCACCCCCUCCUCUAGGAAAAAAAAAUGUAAAUGUGAACUAACAGCCAAAUGCUUGGUGAUUACAAAUGAAACGUAUUUUGAUGGAAUUCAAAGCCUAUCUGAACCAAUCAGGAGACCCAUACAUGAUGCAUGAGCGGGUGCCAUGGGCAGGCACUUGGUUCCCUAGAAUAUAUGAAGCCAAAUAAUUCUACCUAACUACAGUAAUGUUACUUCUGGCUUAUAAUUAUUAAAAUAAUAAUAAUAAUAAAUAAGCAAUAAUAUCAAUUACUUCUUCUAGAUUGUCAUAAAAAGAAUAAAGCUAGCUACCUUGCUAAUUGAAUGGGGAAACGGUUAUGCAUCGGUAAGGAAUCUGCAGUAAGCUCUUCACACUUACCUCUGCAGGUGUAAUUUGAAUGGAAACUGUUUUAAACGGUUGUUUUUGUUUAGUAUUGGCAAUAAUUAGAAUGCACUACAAAGCACACUUUUAACUAACUGAAGUUUAGAGUUUUCCUUUUUUUAACUUACAUGUACAGUUUAACAUGUUCAGUAUCUUUGAGAGGUACACAUUUUGGUGGUUUGGCUGACCAAUGGCUCUUUAUCAUAAGAUGAUUAUAUCAUUUUGUUUUCUUCCUGGAUGGCACCAGUCAGGAUCUUGAAUGGGGAAGUCAGAGUUUGUUACAUCUGUGUUAACUGAUAUCUCUACAGAUCCUAAAAUAAGCUAGCUUGAUGUUUUUUUCCCACUUGUACAAUUACAAAAUGUUUACAUCCAAAGAACCAAAUAGCAGAUUUGUUUAAAGUCGGUUUACCUGUUGAAAUACAAAUUGUUCUUUGAUUCUGGUGUCUUUGUUUUAAUAUUAAACUUGAACUUUCUUUUUUAACUUGUCUGUGCUCGAUGUUCCCGCGGUGCCACCCUUCAGUACAGCUACAUAUUGGAAAAUGGAACUGAUGUGUCUGUAUGAACAAUGAAAAACAAAAUAAAACGAACUACCCGGGUAGAAUGAUUUCUGGUGUUUUUCUUGC